AGCGAGAGGGAGAGCGCGUGUCAGCAUGUAUGGCGGGAGCGCAAUCAGGAGAUCAUCAAAACGCUGCUUGACACCAAGUCGUCCAUCCUGUGCUUGCAGGAGUGUUGGCUGGCCAAUCCGGAGUGGGUAGACAUGUACGACACAGCGUUACAGGGUGCUGGUUACCAGCUUCUCAAGCUGCCUCGCACAAACGCCAGGGGAGAUGGCCUCAUGAUGGCAGUGAGAGCGUCUGAGUGGGAGGUGGUAGACCACCACCCGCUGUGCUUCAACGACUGUGGCGACCGGGUGGCACAGAUUGUCCGACUCCGAGCAAGGCGAGGAGGACGGGGAGAAGGGAAUAGAAGCAUGAAGGGAGGAGAGGUGGAGGAGGGGAGAUGGGGGACGGGGGAGGGCAGAGGAGAGGAGGGGGAGGGAGGGGAGGAGGUGGUAGUGGCGAACACGCACUUGCUCUUCCCGCACAACGCCAACUCCAGCAUUGUGCGCCUCUGCCAGGUAUACAAGCUCCUGGAGCGCAUUGAUGGGUACAGAGAGGAGCACCACGCCGGGGCACUGCCGGUCAUUCUCUGCGGGGACCUGAACGGCACGAAGCAGGGCAACGUGUACAAGCUGCUCAGGGCGCAUGGCUUUGUCUCAUCCUUUGAUUCCGCACACCACCACAGCGACGACGACGAGCAGUGGGUGAGUCACCGAAACCACCACGGCAACCUGUGCGGGGUGGACUAUGUGUGGGUGCUCAACCCAGAGCAGCACCACCGAACGCUUGCAGUCAACUGGCGGACGGCGGUCUUUGGCCUUAUUCGAUCCAAGCUCGCUUCGGCCGGCAUCACCAAUGUCGAGGCAGCUUUUGACUUCUUCCUGCGGGCGGGUGAAGGGCACAAAGCCAUGGGCCCCCUGGCGCAUGGCGGGCGAGUUUUUCCUGAAGGGGGCGCUGCAGGGGAUCAGGCGGCUGCUGCUUUCAACAUGGGUGAUUUCCAGAGGGGACUGGACCGACUGGGGUUGACUGGCGUUGACUCCAUCGGACUGACGAGCAUCGAGGUGGAGGAGCUGAUGCGGUCCGCUGAAUGCCAGGGGAAGGGCUGCGUUGACUUUCAAGACUUCAAGGCUCUAUUUGACCAACCCACGUGGGAUGACACCGUGGCAGCUCUCAGGCACUCUCUUGCCACGUCAUGCUCUGCUGACUCACCUCCACCACCUGCUGAAUCAACCGCUGCGGGUGCUGCUGACGUCCACAGUACCACCUCUGACAUCAGCAGUGCCUCGACUGACAUCAGCACCACCUCACCCGACAUCAGCACCACCUCAGCUGACAUCAGCACCACCUCAGCUGACAUCAGCAGCCCUGGUCCUCUGAGUUCAAUGUGCAAUCUUUCCACCACCAGCAAUCAACAAACACAGCACACUCAAUGCGUAUCCACAGCCAUCCCCUCUCACCCGUCCUCUCCCUCCCUCCAGUUCCUACCCUCCUCGCAACCAUCACGGCCCUUUUCCCCAUCUUCCCACCUCUCCCCAUUCCCAUCAUCAUCACCCCUGUGUACAUCUCCCAUCUCACUCCUCUCGCUGUCCCCCCUCCUUCAAUCGCUCCCCCACACUCGCACUCACUCUCUCCCAUUUCCUCAUCUACACCUAUUCAACCAUCUCUCGCUCUUCAGGUCCGGCAUUUCCGACCCUAUCACAGCUUCGGCCGACCCUCUUGCCUUUUCUCAUGCUGUUGCUGCCUCAGCAAGAAUACAGUCAUUUCAGCAGCAGCAGGAGCAGCAGCAGCAUCACCAGAGCCAGCAGCAGCAGCAGCAGGAGGAGCGGCAAAUAGAGGCAGAGUGUGGGAAAACAGAGGGAAGAGUGGGAGGGACGACCGAGGGGAGGGUGAAGAAGGAGCAGCUGGGUAGUGGAACGAUGCGAGGGAGCAGUGGAAGGGAGGGAGGGAGCAUGCAGCUGCAAGGUGCAUUGAAUCUGGACGUGCUGCAGGCAACGCUGUUCCCAAGGGCCAUGGAGGAGGGCGUGUGGCCGGAAGACUACACCAUUUCUGACCAUGCUGUGCUCACUGUGCGAUUUGGGCGGAGUUGA